AUGACACCGACACCAAAGGAUUUAUUGACUACUUAUGGAGCCAUGCCCUGAUCUCAGAUGAAACUCAUCUGGGUCUGCAAAAGUACUGCCUCACAAACUCUAGAAGCAAAAAUUGUUCUAACUUCUCGAAAGCAAUGAAUAGAGAGAUCGGAGCUAAUAUAGAUCCUUACAACAUCUAUGGCCCCUUGUGUUUGGAUUCCAAUACUUCUUCAACUGACAUAAAAAAUAAAAAGAUUUACGGAUACUAUGUUUGUGGAAGUGAUUAUGUCACGAAAUACCUCAAUCUCCCAAAGGUGCAAGAAGCCAUGCAUGCCAACACCACCAAGCUUCCCUUCAGUUGGAGCAUGUGCAGUCUGGUGCUUACGCGAUGGAUAGACAGCCCAUCAACGAUGAUCCCGAUAUAUAAGAGGUUAAUUGCAUCUCGUCUUCAAAUUCUCAUUUUUAGUGGUGAUGUGGACGCAGUUGUGCCCGUUACAGCUACUCGAUAUUCUCUAGAUGCUAUGAACUUGAAAGUUUUGAAGACCUGGCAUCCAUGGCACUAUGGCUCCAAGUCCACACAAGUGACCGCCGGAUACCAAGUGGUUUAUGAAGGUCUAAGUUUUGCAACGGUGAAAGGGUCUGGGCACGAAGUUCCGAAGAAUAAACCACAGAGUGCGUUUGCUCUGCUCAACACCUUCCUCACCAAUCACAAACAUUAGAUCCCGAAGUAUAUUAUGAAUUAAGUAUAUUGUUUUCAUCACCUAAUAAUUUAUGACUGAUUUUACAAUUUCGUUUCCAC